AUGAAAGCUGUUUGGUGCUUGUUGGUAGUUCUACUGUCUCGACAGGCUAUCUGUGGGAUAAUUAGAAACCCACCAGCCUUUUCGAAGCCAGUUUACUUGGACUCGUAUCUCCCAGCAGCCAUGCAGGUGAUUUUCCACGCCGUCGAGCAGCUGAAACUUCUCCAAUCAGAAGAAUCUACCUCGAGCUCCACGACUAUAGCCAACGCACCAACAUCACCCAUCACACCUCAGAAUCAACAACCAACUACUCCAGGAUCUUCGACAGUAGUCAUACUCUCAGAGGAGUCCACAGUUAAAGAAGAAACAUCCACACCAGGAAACCUAUCAACCCAAACAGAGGUACCAGCACCAUCAGAAACCUCCAAUAACAAAACAGAGGAAUCAGAGGAAUCCAGAGUCGAAGUGACCAGCCAAUCAGACGAAACGACUCUGCCCAGUACACCUGUCGACAAAACUGAAGAGUCCAAACUCCAAACGACACCGAGCAAUCAAGCAGACCAGUCAAAGCUAGACGAAGAACCUGUCAACAAAGUAGACCAGUCCAACUCGCAAGAAUCGUCAGAGAACAAGGGAGAAGACUGGAAAUUCGAAGAACCAUCCAACCUAGACACCACACCGAGCAACCAACCAGACCAAACCUACACAGACGUGUCCUCCAUCAGCAACCUAGACGAAUCGAAGCCACAAGAACCGAUCCAACAGCAAGAAGAGGAGUUCGAGCUUGAAGAAUCCUCGUUAGACAAUGCACAGGUUACCCUGGCUGAUGCACAGGUACCCGGGAUUGACCAAGGAUCGAUCCAGCAUGUCUCCAUGCAACAAGAGUCGCCAGAGGUGAACGAAGAGAUGCCAGAAACGAACUACGCGACACCUGAGACGAAUUACGAGGAACCGGAAGCCGUGCACGCGGUGCAAGAAACGAACGAAGAAGUCCCGGAAGAGAAUCACGAAUGGGUCUUCUCGACUCUGACGGAGACCACAGCGUCCGAUAAUCCUCUGCAUCCGUCCACCAGUCAUGGAUCGAUCGUGGACUACCCUGACAGGAGGAAAGAGCCGACUGUCGAUAGCGUGGUCCAAGGUGUCUACCAGAUCCUGAAACCCACACCCUCGAAAUUCGUGGACGAGGGCGCGGAGAUUCUGGAGGAGAUGAAAAGCGUCAUGGGAGACUCCGCGGAGAAAACGGAGAGCGUGGAAGAGGAACAGGACGAAACUAGAUUCACUCGUUUAGGCGAGAGAGUGACGCAAGUGCCAAGGCCAAGCCUAACCAGUUACCUCAGACGAUCGAAGGUGCCACCGAAUGCCACUCUUCAGCAGCUGGCGAACCUGUACGACUCGUUGAGCAAGGACGCGAGGAAGCAGGGGUUCGGCAAGUACACCGGCUACUCGAACGAAGUCCUGGACACCCUGGAAAGUUCGGCCGAGGGUGGGAUUGGACCGCAGCUGAAGAAGAUCCUGUCCAAGGUGCUGGAACGCAACGAGCUGACGAGGGAUGACGCGAGAACGAGGACUUCGCAAACUGUUCGAGACCUGGACAACCCUUCGAGCAUCCUCAGCAAGGAACUGAGACCCCUGUUGCCUCUGCGAUACUCCCCGUAA